UAAAAGCAUGAAGGUUCGUCCUGUGCCUGGAUCAGCUCUAUUUGUGGCAAAUAAAUGGGACAAGCUUCUGGAAGAGGAAGAGAGUAGAAAAGGAGCUAAAGCAAAAUACCUCAAGAUUGUGGAAGAGCGUUUGUCUAAGCGAUGGAGAGGAUUUGAUCGUCGUCAGCAGCUGGUGACAUUGAAUGCUAGAAUAGCAGCCAGAGUUCAAGAACUAGGAGAGACCACUGAAGACAUGAAAGAAGUAUGCGACAAGAUGUUAUCUAUGUUGUCUAAAGGAAUGGUCAACAUGCUGAGAAAGACAUCACAGAAAGUAUACAAUUUGUUGGCACAGGUGGAGCGAAUAGUUGAGAACUACUUGCGGUGUUCCAAAAUGGAUCAAAUUAGCAGAUCCAAGAAGAUCAAAAGUGACAAAGAAUGCUUAGAAGAGUUAGCAAGAGUCCCUAGUAAUGAGGUGAUUAAAGGGGAAAUAAGAGACAAAGUUGAAGGUCUUAUUCCCCGACUCCGCAAACAUGUUUCAAAAUUACAACACGAGAAGGCAUGGAAUUCUAUCACUGAUGUUACCCAGAAAAAUCAGCAAGAGAUUGGCUCUGCAUCAUCUCAUCUUUUGGCAGAACGGGUGAAAUCUAUUUAUCUCAAGAUCAUAUGUGACUAUGAAGGUUACAAAGAAAUCUGUAGGUGGGCACAAUGUGAACUUGCUGACAAAGUAGAAACUGCUGUAGUCAAUUUUAAUAUGCUGAAGAGUGACAUUGGUGGUUCUGAUACUGCAGAUGCUAUGCAGCUGCUGUCCAAGCUUCGUCUAGAAUGUGAUGAUGACGUUUGCAGAGCCAAUGUGUUGCCCAGUUUAAAAGAUCAGGAAUACUUUUGUUUAGAUGCUGCUGCAUUACAACAGCAACAAUUUAGCGAUCUUUUUGAAAAGCUUCACAGAAAUGUAGUGGCCAAAGAUUGUAAACUCCUCAAAGAACUUGUCAAUGCAUUGUUGAAUGGAACGAGUCCACAAGUCCAAGUAAUUCAAAAGAACCUUCCCAAUCGAUUAGAUGAUUUAAAACAUCAGGUGGAAGCUGUGGAAGCGAGUGGAACUCUAAAGGGCGAUAACAAUAAAUAUGAAACGAUACUAUUACCAUGUAAAGUACUGAUGGGGAAACUAGCAAAAUUUGAGCUCGAUCUAGAUAUUCACAUCUAUACACACAACAACGUAACACAAGAAGAGUUUGUUGGUGACAAGACGGGUGCAUUUGGUGUUGUUACCAAGGUCAUUUUGCUAGAGGAAAAAGAAGCUGCUCUAAAGAUGAUGCGCAAGCCUAUUACUAGUGCAAAUGCAAGUGAUUUUAUGAAAGAAUUUUGCAACUGCAGUCAACUCAAAGACACAAAUUUAGUAAAGUUGUAUGGCUCAAUCAUGCUGUCUCCUUCACCUUGUCUGAAGCUUGGACUACUGUUUGAAUGGUGUGGUGGAGGAAGUCUUGCUGACUUUAUAUCAAUGUCCCAACAACAAGCAGAAGACAAAAGAUCUAAUCACAAUGAAACAGUUCAAAAGAUGAUGGAGCAAAUUCUGGCUGGAGUCAAAUACCUUCACGCACGUAGCAUGAUUCAUCGAGAUCUCAAACCUGAGAAUGUCAUGUUGACAGCAAACAAGGAUGUUCGAAUUGCAGACUUUGCAACAGCCAAACGGCAAGCAGAGAUCACUGGUUUUCAAAUUGUUGGCACAGAUAUCUACAUGGCACCAGAAGUGUAUGACUGUCUUCCCUAUUCGUUGUCUUCCGACAUGUACAGCAUUGGUGUUAUGAUGUGGGAGAUCUGGAAUCGAAGGAGAGUCAGAGAUUGCACUUCAGACAGAUUGCCACAAGAUAUUGCACAGUGGGUUCUCAAACAGAAGUUUGAUGGUACUCGUGGACAACUCUGGCAAGAUCUUGCUACAAGAUGCUUGAGCAGAGUACCUACAGAUCGACCAUCAGCAGAACAGGCAUGUAUAGACUUGGUAGGCAAGGAAUGA